CUUUCCGUUCCAAAGCGGAGAAACAAAUAGGCAGAUACAAAGUUUUAGACUCAACUCGGUCUCUCCCAACUCAGUCUCAGCAACGGCCAUGGCUUCCAUCCACUCCAUAGCUCCCCAGAGCUUCCUCCCUCUCCCAAACUCCAAACCCAGAAAACCCACUAAUGCUCACCCAAAACCCAUCUUAAGCUCCAAUCUCUGCAGCUCCAAACUCUCAAAGAACCAAACUUUCCUGAGAAACAAACGGAAAGACAGGUGGGUUUUGAAGUCUCUAGUUGAUCAAGAAGAGUGUGAUGUGAUCCCAGUUCAGAGCACUGACUGUACGGACCAGCAGGAAGGGAUGGCUGUGUGCAGGGUGGAGUGUGAAGGUGUGGAGGGCGAGUUGGCGAGUCAGGUAGGUGUGUUCGGAGCAAGUGAGGGAAGGCUUUCCUUUGAAGGGGCUGGUGGGUUUGGGUCUUCUGGGGUUGGAAAUGAGAGGGAGAGUGAGGAAUUUGAGAGGCUCGUAGAUAGGACUAUCAAUGCCACUAUUGUGCUCGCAGCUGGUACUUUUGCUAUCACUAAGUUGCUCACUAUUGAUCAGGAUUACUGGCAUGGUUGGACUCUGUUUGAGAUCCUAAGAUAUGCACCUCAACACAACUGGAGUGCUUAUGAGGAAGCUCUCAAGACUAACCCAGUUUUAGCCAAAAUGGUGAUUAGUGGUGUGGUGUAUUCUGUAGGGGAUUGGAUUGCACAGUGCUUUGAAGGAAAACCUCUAUUUGAGUUCGAUCGUACACGAAUGCUCAGGUCAGGUCUUGUUGGAUUUACUCUCCAUGGUUCCCUCUCUCACUACUAUUACCAGUUGUGCGAGGAGCUUUUUCCAUUCCAAGACUGGUGGGUGGUUCCUGUCAAAGUAGCCUUCGACCAAACUGUAUGGGCAGCAAUUUGGAACAGCAUUUACUUUACCGUUUUGGGAUUUUUGCGUUUCGAAUCACCCAUUGAUAUUUUUAGUGAACUGAAAGCGACAUUCUGGCCCAUGCUGACUGCUGGGUGGAAACUUUGGCCAUUUGCGCAUCUUGUUACCUAUGGUGUGAUCCCUGUCGAACAAAGGCUCUUAUGGGUGGACUGUGUAGAGUUGAUCUGGGUGACUAUACUAUCAACCUAUUCAAAUGAAAAAUCAGAGGCAAGGAUUUCUGAGGCGCCAGUUGAAGCAAAUUCCAGUUCUUCAAACACAAGUCCUCUUGAGGAGUAAACAAAUCAAGAACAACCAAAAGAUCAAAGAGGAAUUCUUAGAUGAAAGAAAUGGGUAAGUUGAGGUGUAAAAGAUCCACUUCGCGAUGUACCGUGACAUAAAA